CGGGGCAGGAGUACUUGGUCCUUUACAAAGAAUUCUCUUCUCCCUUUCAAUCCUAGUCCUCGAGACACCAUUCUACCUAUUCUACCUAACCUCAAGAUCUCAUACUGUUGUUCUCGGCCCUGUUUCUGUUCUCUCUCUCAUAUCAACUGAGAAAUGACCUCGACAAUCAGCAAACCCGCCGUUCCCCCGGUCAUGGCGCAAUCAGCUACGGAGCUGAUAGGAAAUACGCCCUUGGUUCGUCUCAAUAGGAUUCCGCAGAGUCUAGGAAUCGAGGCCGAAGUCUACGCCAAGGUCGAGCUCUUCAAUGCUGGAGGGAGUGUGAAGGACCGGAUUGCCCUGCGAAUGAUCGAGGAGGCUGAACGGUCCGGAAGGAUAAAACCUGGAGAUACCCUCAUCGAGCCUACCAGUGGAAACACAGGUAUUGGCCUUGCUCUGGUUGGGGCUAUCAAAGGCUACAAGACCAUCAUUACUCUUCCAGAGAAAAUGUCGCCUGAAAAGGUUGCAGUACUCCGAGCUCUAGGCGCCACAAUUAUUCGUACUCCAACUCAGGCGGCAUUUGAUUCUCCAGAAUCCCAUAUUGGGGUUGCAAAGCGCCUACAACAGGAAAUCCCCAAUUCCCAUAUCUUGGAUCAGUAUGCCAACAAAGACAACCCUCUGGCACAUGAAUAUGGUACGGCUGAAGAGAUCUGGAGGCAGACAGAUGGAAAGAUCAAGGCAAUUGUUGCGGGUGCUGGUACUGGUGGUACGAUUACGGGUCUAGCCCGGGGUUUGAAAAAGCAUAAUCCCGAUAUCAAGGUCAUAGCCGCAGAUCCCUUUGGAUCUAUCCUCGCUCUACCCGAGAGUUUGAAUUUAGAGCACGCCAAUGAGCCAUACAAGGUGGAGGGAAUUGGUUAUGAUUUCAUUCCUGAUGUUCUGGACAGAAACGCAGUUGACAAAUGGUAUAAGACUGAUGAUCGAGAAUCAUUUGCUUUUGCUAGGAGACUCAUUGCAGAGGAGGGUCUUCUGGUUGGUGGAAGCAGUGGAAGCGCGAUUUCAGCAAUGGUUAAAGGGGUGAAGGAUCUAGGACUUGGAAAAGGCGACAUAGUUGUUGUCAUUCUACCAGACAGCAUCCGCAGUUAUCUAAGUAAAUUCGCGGACGAUGACUGGUUAGCUGCCAAUGACCUCCUCCCCCCAACCCCGCCAAAUACGUUACCCUCGUCUCCCGCUCAACCGCCGACUUCCAAAAAGGACCCAUAUUCAGGUGCGACCUUACGCUCUCUCAGGCUCAAGCCCGUUACGACUGUUCUAUCAAACUCCCCUUGUUCGGAUGCUAUUGAGACAAUGCGGGAGAAAGGAUUCGACCAACUUCCAGUUCUCUCACCAACCGGUGGCAAACUUGUUGGCCUCGUGACUCUUGGGAAUCUCUUGAGUUGGAUCAGUCGUGGCCGCGCAACGGGCAAAAGUCCUGUCUCUGAUGUCAUGUUCGACUUCUCUUCAAUCCCAGAGGUAGUCACCGAUCCCAAAGACAUGGGCAGUCUAUCUAAGGUAUCAAGAACGGAUGGAGCAGAGGACAACAGUGAUGGAAAGCAACAGAAGAAGCCAAAAAGAAAAUUCAUCGAGAUCACAAUGGACACGCCAUUGUCGGCCUUGAGCAAGUUCUUCGAAUGGAAUAGCGCAGCCAUCGUCACCGAGAAGGGAGGCAUCGAGAACGGAGGCUUGCCAAAGCCAGUCGCAGUUGUUACGAAGGUUGACCUUCUGUCGUGGAUGGUUAAGCAGACCAAGGUCUAGAUUCGGAACCAAGCAUUGUUAUCUUUUGGCGCAAGGUGUAUAGGUCGGUUGGUAGAGUAGAUUCAACACCUACAGGAUGGAUGAGAAUUAGAUAUUAUAAGUGUCCACGCGCUUCAGAAUGUCAGACUUUGGCGUCAAAGCUGGGAGCGGCUGCAUUGCGAAAUCAGUAUAGAUAUUCAACUAAUACCAUGACGUUU